CUUUAAUAACACCUAGAAGUUUUAGGCUCAGUUAGGUAUCUAUAUAGGUAAAGAAAGUGGUGGAUAUGAAAAAAAUUGAUUAUUUUUCCGCGAGUGCAUAUUAAUCGAGAGUAAGAAUGAAAGUGUCGAUUUUUUUCAAAAAAUCAUGGAUAAGAACAGAUGAUUCAAGAAUUGUCACGUGGUGCGUGAAUAUUUUCAAAAAAAUACCUACAUUUUUUUAUUUUGUGUCCCGGUAAAAUGAGCGUUGAAAAUGAAAGUGACAAAAAAGAAAGUCAUGUAAAAUCACUGCAAGCUUCCUUAUUCCCUUUACAUUUUACCAAUACAGCGAGCUUUUUUUCAAAUUUCUUACUAAAAAAUCGACCGUAUGCUGAAGAUGACGAAGACUACAAAAACAAAAUUAAAGAAACUUUGAGUUUGAGUUAUAGCAAUGUGAAGGACAACUCUUUUACUGCCCAGCCUCCUCGGUGGCCAACAGAAUGCCAAGUGUUGGACGAGCGAAUACAACAUAUAAAUUAUACAUCACCUUCAUUGGAGCCUUAUUACAAUGUAACCGGUGAUGAAGUACAACCUAAACCUGUUGGGGAUGAGUGCGGGAUAAUAGUUUUUCAAUACAUCCCAAUAAGUGCCGUGAGCUAUUUUAGCAGAUCAAGUGUAGGCGGUAGCAAAUAUUUACUAUCGACGAAUCUAUGUCCAGAAGAAGAUUCUUUAAAAUUCGAGUCGCGUUUCGAAUGUGGAAAUUUGGCGAGAGCCAUCAGAAUAACGCCAAAUUAUUACGAGCUUCAGUUACGAUCAGAUCUGUACACCAACAGGCACAUGCAGUGGUUCUAUUUUAAGGUUUCCAACAUGAAAAAACACUUUUUAUACAGGUUUUCCAUUGUAAACUGUUCCAAAGAAAAUAGUCUAUAUAACGAAGGAAUGAGGCCGUUAAUGUAUUCCACUAAGGGCUCGCAAUUGCAUUCGAUCGGUUGGAGACGUUGCGGAGAAAACAUCACUUACUACUCUAACGAAAACGUCACUCCCGAAGAUCCAGACCAAAUGAUGACCUACACUCUCUCCUUUACCAUGGAGUUUCCGCACGACAAAGACGAGGUUUACAUCGCGCACUGUUAUCCUUACACCUAUUCGGAUUUGCAAGAUUAUUUGCAGGAAAUCUCCGUGCAUCCAGUCAAAUCCGUUUUUACUUCAGUACGAUUGCUCUGCAAAAGUUUGGCUGGGAAUAAUGUUUACUAUGUUACAAUAACGAGUCCCCCAAACUCUGGAGACACUAAAAAGAAGAGGGCUGUGGUUUUGAGCGGUAGAGUGCACCCUGGAGAGACUCCGGCGUCCUGGAUGAUGAAGGGGGCCCUGGACUUUUUAACCGGAGACAGUACUGCUGCUAAAGAAUUACGCGAUAAAUUCAUCUUUAAAAUCGUACCCAUGUUGAACCCCGAUGGCGUUAUAGUCGGGAAUAACAGGUGUUCAUUGGCAGCGAAAGAUUUGAAUCGACAGUAUAGAACUGUUAUGAGAGAUGCGUAUCCGUCUAUUUGGUACACAAAGUUGAUGGUUAGGAGGUUGUUGGAAGAUUGUGGGGUUGCAAUGUAUUGCGAUUUUCACGCGCAUUCAAGACGACAUAAUAUUUUUAUAUAUGGGUGCGAAAGUAGGAGGGGUUCCGAUAGAACUUUGCAAGAACAAGUUUUUCCUUUGAUGCUACACAAAAAUACUGCUGACAAAUUUUCCUUCGAAUCUUGUACGUUUAGAAUUCAGAAAGCAAAAGAAGGCACCGGAAGAGUAGUGAUGUGGAUGAUGGGUAUAUCAAACAGCUACACCAUGGAGGCUUCGUUUGCUGGUUCCACGCUGGGUGCCAGAAACGAAACCCAUUUCAGUACGCAGGAUUACGAGCAGAUGGGGCGGUCUUUUUGUCAAACGCUUCUGGACUAUUACGAUGAAGACCCCAGAAAGGAGAAAUUGCGCGUAAAAAUUGUCGAGAGGCUUUUCCAAGAAGGAUCUAAUGCUGAUGAACCCACUAACAUUAGGCUAAGCGAUUAUUCGAGCGACGAAGGGGACUCUUCGAGCACGUCUUCAAACGAGGUUGGGCGGGAGUACGGAGUGCCCGUGGUGCCGCCGCCCUCGCCGGAAGUGAUCAAUUGUUUCGCGAAACGACCGAUACGAACGAGGAUCGUGCACGUCGCUCAGCAGCAGUCCGCGUGCAGACAAAAAACGAUCACCAGGAGUCCGCUAGCCAAUCGGAAGCCGCUGCCCAUAUGCAAAACUGUGUUGGGUUUAUCUUUAACUGAUAAGGAUAGUUUCAGCUCGGAUACCGAGAGCGAAUCUGAGGUGGAAAAAAGGAAGAAAGAGAAAAAACUGAAGAAGAAACGCAGAAAGAAGAAGAUGACAAAAAAUAAAAAAGACAACGAGCGACAACAACAACAUUCCGAUACAGAAAUUGCGGAUUCAGAUGUCAAGAAAAGAAGCAUAUCGGUUUACGAUUUUGUGCCCCCUCAAAAAUUUGAAAGCGCGGCUGCUAAUAAAAGAUCUAAAACUCCUCAAAUAAAUAGAGUAAGUCAGCAAGCAGAAAAAAAGACGCCAACUAUAACUCAUCAAUUGGCAGAGGUUCAAGCAAAAUUGUUAUCCUUAAAAAAUAAAAUUUGGUAUGGCACAAGAGAAUGUAAUGAACCGCUUUCGUGGGGUGCUGGGGGUGAUAUUUUUGUACCCCAUGAACUCAUGGGGUCACCUCAAAAAAGAAAAUGUCGAAAAAAACGCAAUGCGAAAAAAGUGGACAAAAUUAAACACAAGGACGAUAUGAAAGCAACAAAGAAAAAUUCAAAUGGGUUGAAACGCCAGACAGCAGUCGACUGGCCGAUACAGAAAAAAGAAGGAAAACUGACAAAAUCAAAAAGUCUCCCAGAUACGUCGAAAAUAAAACAAAAUAGCACGGAAAAAAACGCGACGAGUUGCGAUGAGCAGCAUAAAGAAGCCAGCGAAAAGAAGAAGAAAAAGAAGAGGGGGGUUGGAAAAUUUAUUAGAAAGGCUAAAGUAGUGUCGAACGCGAAAAUUUUUACCAAAGACUGAUCACGUCAAGCUUUCCUAUAUUAUAUUACUGCCGCUUAUACCUAAAGUUACCCAAUGUUCAAUAUUGUUCUUCUUGUAUUGGUACGACAGGGUAUUAGAUAUUAUAUACAUACAUUUUUUAUACUAGCACUACCUUAAAAGGCUUUCGGCGCAUACAAUUUUCUUAUUAAAUAAAUAAUUUUGCCAAG